AUGUCUGAACCCUUCAUGGGUAUCCAAUUCGGUCGUGGUAUAUUCCAGAGUGUCAGAGCUACCCUCGGAAAAGUGAUUUUGAACGUGGAUUUGACGACUGCGAUGUUCCACCAAACGGGCUCUUUGAUCUCGUUGUGCUUGGAGUAUCUCAGUGGUGGUGUUCGUCAAAGAAGUAACCCGUUGCGGCUCUCGCCGGCUCAUGGUUUACCUGACCGAGAACGUAUACGGUUGCAGAGGUCUAUUGCACAUAUCCGUGUCCAGGUAAACACCCCAUCGAAUUUUCAGAAGGUUAUCACUAUCGUCAAGCUUUCCAACGUAGGCGCGCGUAAUCUGACUUUCACGCAACGAAAUGGAAAGUCGACCACGGUCGCUGAGUACUUUAAGCGAGUUCAUGGAAGGGAGUUGCAGUAUCCGGAUGUCAUUUGUGCUCAGACCUCUUCCGGUGCCUCGAUCCCCCUUGAAGUUCUUACUGUUCUGCCAGGCCAGUUCGUUCAUAAAAAAGUCCGUCCUGAAGUUACAAGUGGCAUGGUUGAGUUUAGUCGGCUCAAACCGGCCGAGAGGAUGGGGGAGAUCAAGAAGGGACUUAAGCUUCUUGCUCACGGCCAAUCCGAGUACGUCCGCAACAAGUUUGGAAUGGGGAUGACCAACCCUACUUCUGGUUUUCCGAUGACGAUUGAUGCGAGGGUUCUUACCCCUCCAAGGUUGUAUUAUGGAGGGAAAGGCACCACGGGGCUGGUUGCUGUGGAACCUCGGAACGGGUCAUGGAAUCUUAAGGACAAAACCCUCAUCGAGCCACGUCCCGUCAACCGAUGGUGCAUUGUCAUAUUCGAAGCUCAAGACCGGUUCAAACCUGUGGAAGCGAAGGAGAUGGCAAAGACGAUCAUCGGGGCUUUUGGUAGUGUCGGCAUACAAGUCAUGGAAGCUGACCCCAUUAUCCACUAUGCCAACCCGCAAGCGGACAUUUCCAAAGUACUCCGGGAGGCAGACAGAUUGUCUGCGGGGAAACACGGAGAUGGAAAGGGACCUGAUCUAUUGGUGGUGGUUCUACCGGACUUGGGCAAUGCAGAGAUCUACCGUCGUGUGAAACAGGUCAACCUCAAACUCGGUGGUAUCAAUCACAAGCCCGACCCGUCUUCUGGAGCUGCGACUGACUUGAACAAUCCGAACCAUCCUACUAUCGUUCUCGGGGUAGAUGUGAUGCACCCAUCGCUAGGUUCUCAUGCGCCUUCCUACACCGCCGUUGUGGGAAGCGUAGAUUCUGAUGUUGUCAAGUAUAUCUCAGAGAGCAGGGUCCAGACUGGGAGGAAUGAGAUUAUUGAAGACUUGGGUGGGAUGGUCAAGAACAUUUUGGAAAAUUACAUGGACUACCGAGAAAACAUUGAAGGGAAGCCGAAUUUUCAUCCUAAGAGGCUGGUUUUCUUCCGCGGUGGUGUUAGCGAGGGACAGUAUCAGCAGGUCAAGACGCAAGAACUUCAAGUCAUCCGAGAAGUCUGCCGCUCUCUCAACAUUCAACCCAAGAUCACCCUCAUCAUCGUCGCCAAACGACACUAUUUCCGCUUCUUCCCUCGAGACCCCUCCAACCGGAAGGAAGCAGAUAAGAGCGGAAACUGUCUCUCUGGAACUGUCAUCGACACUGGUAUCCACGCAUCCUACGGAAUUUGA